UGUGGGUACAGGUUGGUUCCCGCGCUUUCAGUCUAGUGUGAGUCGAAUAGUGGUCUGUGUUCGGUGUUUUAUGACAGGGGUGCCAUGAAAGAGGGCACCGACUUGGAAGAGUUGGUGGAGCAGUUUACGGCACAAGUAGUGUCCGUAAGGCUCUCUGCCUACCGAACUCUCAUACAAAAAUGUACAGGUGGUGGUGCUAUGGUCAAGUACAACUGGAGUGAUUUCUUGUCAGAAGAGGACACUAAGAAGACAAUCCUCAAUAUCAAAUCAGAUUUAUCCAGUGAUUCAGAGGAAUUAAGCUAUGAGGCAGCAGGUGCUUGUGGGUGCCUCUUGGCAAGUGGGAGCUUUGUGAGCAUGCUUCAAGCAUCUUCCCAGAAAGAGAUUGUGGAAGAUCUCAUUAAAGUGAUCAAAGAGAAGAAAGGAAAGAAAGUUGUUGUGAGGACCUUGUGGUGUAUUUCCAGAAGUAAAUUUGGUCAUGAUGUUUACAAGGAGAAAGCUACUGUUCUGAUAGAAGCAGUUUGUGAUAUUCUCAAAAAUGAAACUUCAGCCUCUGCUGCCCUUGAAGCACUGCAAGUUGUUCAUGCAUUAAUGGAGAUUAUCCCUGAAGUUGUUAUGAAAGAUCUUAGGAUAUGGUUUCCUAUCUCUUUUAAGUAUGUCAUUCAUGAGGCUGAUAGAGUCCGUAGUAUUGUCUUUAUAAUACUGUACAGUGUAAAAAUGUUUUUAGAUGAUUCCAGUGAUAAGGUAGAGUCAAGAAAUUUUGUUAUUGCAUGCUUGGCAGCAGAGAUGCAUUCCAAGACAUGCAAAAAAAUGAGAGAGUUAGUAAGUAAAGAUAGUACUGAUAUCCUCAGAGGAUGGAGACUCAUUGUUCAGAUUUUAGGAACAGUGCUGCAUAAGGGCACAAGCUUGAUUAAUGAUCUUCUUGAAGUUGUAGAAAAAGGAUUUAAGAGCACUACUCCCACAGUAAGGGUGGAAGCCUUCAGAUGCUGGAAAGCAUUAAUAGAUAAUUUUGCUCUGGACUUGGAUGUCUUGACACACCAUAAGAGGCUGAAGUUACUUCUAGCUCCCUUGAAAGCUAACAAUGCCAAGAGUGAGGCAAUAGCCCAUGAAAAGCUGUUAGUGUGGUGGCAUCUGAUUGUGAGAUUAAAGAAGCAUGCUGCCUCUCAAUUCGACACAGUGGUGGUACCACUUCUCAAGUUUUGUUUUAGUGGCACCUCAUCUUCAUCUCCCGGGGGCCAAAAUGUAGGUUUAGCCCAGCGAAACUUAAUGAUGUCUGUUGCUGCUUCUCCUGGUUGCAAAUUCCCUGGGAUGGUUAUGUUAAGUGCAGAAUUAAUAGCUCAGAUUUUGUCUGCUGGAAUAGAUAUUCCCGAGCGUCAGGCAUUUGUUUUUAGUAUUUCUCCUUUAGAGGAGCCAUUGAUAAAUGACACACUGUUUGUCCGUUCUCUUCAGCUGCUCUUUGCUUGUAUUGGUGAAGUUUUUCAUUCAUUCAAUGAUGAAACUGAUGAGGUUAAGAGGAGAAAUAGGCAGAGUGCAUUGGUAAUAUUAAUAAUUCAGUCUGUUGUUUCUCGUAUAUUAAAAGUAGUUAAGAGUGAGGGAAAUAAGAAGGAAUCGAUUGAGCAAGUUAAAGAAAUGUUCACAUUGUUCUCAGAAAUUGAGCACAGCUGUAGACCAGGGGAUCCCCUGAGUGAGUAUGUAUUAAAAUUUUAUGAAAUCAUCACAACAAGCCAAGGAUUAGCGCUGCCACUGUCCGUCAUUAAUUCACGCCAUUACAACAUCUCUACAGGAAAUACAAUGCAAGAUAUGAUGAGUGGAACACUAUCAAACCAUAUUAUUCAGCAGCUUUGUAAACCACCUUUGCUUCACCUGGCAACAAAAAAAGAGGAAUACUUCACUGUUUGGAUUACUGUCCUUAGUAAUAGCAAGCCAUCAACAGGAAAGCUUGGAUUUUUGCAGUAUGUUGUUAAAGAGCUUGAAGGUGCAGAACCAUUUUUCAACUCAAGUCACCCAGACACACUCCGUAGAAUGUGGGCUUGCACAGUAAGGCAGCUGCUUUCCCAUAUUGAGCAGACCCAAAUCAUUGACCAAGGUGAUGGAAUGGAGCAUGAUUGGAUAUGCAUUUAUAACAUGUUGCUGUUUCCCAUAAAUCAGUCUGUCACUGGUUUUAAAAAUACAAGUGAAGAAUUCAACCAGAAAGUGGUUGCGGAUUGGAGUGAGUUGUGGUCUAAAUUCACAGAGCUCACACCUUUGGCUGUAACAGCAGAUCCUAACAGUGAAAUAGAAUACAUUGCAAGAGGAAUGGUAAAUGUUUUUAAGAGAGUGGUAGUAGUAUCGACUUCAGAGAAUUAUGGCAUCACCUACAACCUCAUGGCUAACUUCCUGUUAUUGUUGACACAGAAAAUGAGAUAUUCGGAAUUAGGCAAACCAUCUCUUAAGCAGGUAAACAGUCCAGCCAAGGCAAAGAAGAAAUCACAUCCAUUGUGCAAUUUAUCUGGUUGUGUUGAGUUAUUUGCAUUGCUCUUUAUGGGCCUGAUGCGGAUGGGAGCCUGUCCUGGGCGUAUCAGCACAGCCCAGUUGUUAUGUGAGAGUAUCAUGAACAUAUUGAGAGGAGUUCAUCAAGAGAAGCUGAUAAAUCCUUUAAUUGCUGAGAUAUUACCUACAAUUACCGAAGGUUUCAAAGUCAGUCCUUUUGUUCGAUUCAGUGCCGAGGUUGGAAGACAGUUUGUGAAAGUUUUGAGGAGUUUCUCCCUAAUGUUUGAAGAACAAAUUGGAUCAGCUCAUACCGCUGAUCAUAUAAAUAGAUUGGAGCCCCUACUCCUGGUUACAUUGACUUCAGCCACUAAAGAGAUAAAACAGGCUGGACGGCAGUUUUGGAAAUCUUCAUUUUCUAAUACUAGUCACAGUAUACCAUCAGCCUUAUAUGAAGUGUUGAAGGAAUGCUCUCUUCCUCCUGCCAGCCUAAAUGAUUCUCAGGAUGAUUUUGAAGAAUUCAAUACCAAUCCUAAAGAAAAUGUCCCUGAUAAUGUGAUGCCUGGUAGCUUUUUAAAACGUGCUGGUGGUGUUGAUGGUUUACGAAAGUAUGAUUCUCCAAAGUCAAAAUUUGACUCUCCUAAGGCUAAUAGGUUAAGUCUUGGGACACCAAAACCAAAAGAAAAAACGAGAAUCAGUCUGCAUGAAAUGAAUGAGGAGGAAUUUGUGAAGGUGUCUUCUCCAAAACCUUCACGUAGAGUUCUGACGGAACAUCAAAUUGAGAAGUUGAAAGAAAGAAAAGACAUUCCAGCCCUCUAUUCUGAUCUUUCACAGUCGGCUUCUCAAAUAAUUCUUCCCACACAGUUUGCUUCGCAGCAAUCCUUUGAAGAGUCAAUAUUGAAUGAAGCAACCAAUUCCAAGAAGUUAGCAGAAGAUGAAAAGGUAUCACCGAAGCAGUUGACAUUUACGGGGUUACUGAAUCCUGAUAAGAGAGAUGAUAAAAUAAAUAAGGCAGUAUCACCAAGUAAGAUUGGGAGGAGGAGUAUGCCAGUUCAAACAUCCCUUGGUAAAGGCAAAGGUGAAAGUAGCAAUAAAUUUGUAGGUUCUGAGGAGGCCACAGAAGUUAAAAUUAAAAAAGGCAAGGUGGGUGAUGGAAAUGCAAAGGAAGUUCAUGAGAGGAGUAUGAAUAAUAAAAUAAGAAAUAUUGAUGAUAAAGAAGAGAAAAUGUUGCAAAAGGACCGUGAAUAUAGUCCUAUUGAAAAUGACACAUCAGAUUCAAAGGUCUCCAGUAAGAAGUCUUGUUCACAGUUGCAACAUUCCAAAGAGACUGACUUGAAAAGCAAUGUGGCUGCUUCGGAAUUAAAAGAAAGUGCUAAUACUAACCAUUCCCGGUCUGUACCUGAAGUUGGAAUUCCUGUGGAUGGGGAUAAUGUCAAGCUUUCUGAAAUGAAGGAAAAUAUUGAGAGUCCAGCACCUCUUAUGGAAGGUGGAGCUCGUUUACGGUCUAUGAGGAAGCAAGGACUUUCUAAGAAUGAGGCAUCUGUUCGCAAGGAUUCACUGGAUAAUAACAAAGUCUUAGGUACCCCAAAAUCACAAGCUUCUACAAAGAAGAAAUCUACCCCAAGGUCAAGUGUGCCAGGAGUAAGAACACGUAGAAGCAGAGGGGUUGUUGAACAAUUUGAGCCAUGUGAUAAAACUACUAAUGAUAAAGAAGAACCUGUAAGUGAAUCAUUCGUAAACGAUAAAGCAGUAGCAGGGGAAGAUGAAGACAGACAAAUUUCUCAACCUCUUAGGAGUGAAGAAGAUUGCAAUGAUGUUACAGUUAAUGAGCCUGUAAAUUCUGGAGAAACUGAAUCCAAGAAGAGUACAGAAUUACAGUCUGUUGUUGAAGUUGUGGACAAUAACAAUGAAAAAAUAGGUGAUAGUGAACAAGUGUGCUUGUCAACACAUGAGGAAACUAACAUCAUAGGGGACAAGAGUAAUAUCAAAGGAGGGAUGAUGCUACCAUCACCACAAAAAGCUAAUAAAGAGAAACAGGAAAUGACCUUCAAAACUGUCAAAACUUAUCCAGGUAAAAUGAAAGAGUGUGUGAAUAGUGAUUAUACAGAUGAAGACCUAGAUGAAGAACUUAGAAAGACUUCUGUAGUGUUACAGAAUUCAUUGAAGGAUAGCCCUGUAGCUGAUAAUCAUGAUACUCAAUUUUUGUUGGAUUCAAAUAGAAGAAAAAGUCAGACUCCCAGCAAGAAGACUAUUGAAGAUGUACGUAAGGUUUUGAAGGGGCAAAUGUCUGUAACCAAAAGCCCUUCUGAAUCCAGAGCAUCGAAAGAUAAACCAGCAUUAGUAAAGAGUCAUUCAUGUCCAGUUGCUAAUGAAACGGAAGCUUGUACUGUGUCUACUGUGAUGAAACAAACCGUGUUUGAUGAUGGUGACACUUCGUGUACUGUAGACGUUCCCAAUGUAAAAUGUAUUGCUACAAAACCUGUCACUUUUGCUAAGGAUGGUGAUGAAAUGGAUACAGAUUCAGAUGAACUGGUUCCUAGCUCACAGGAUGAUGACGAAUCUUUAACAGCCAUGGCACAUAAAAUCCCCAUGUCACGUCUUGGCAAAAGGGAAAGUGCUGUGAAAGAUCAAACUGAAAUUGUCAAAGAAUCUGAUGAAGAUUGUGGGAAAGACAAGUCAACUCGGGUAAGUAGGAAAGCCAAGCGUAAACGAGCCCUAAAUGAUGAAGUUGAGGAAGAUGUUAAACAGAGACUGAAGAGGAAGAGGACAGCCACUGUGGGCAGGGAGAAUUCUGGUGAGGACUUGUGUAUAGUAGGGGCUUCUGAUGAUGAAGCUGAAAAGAGCAAGAAAGCAACUUCUCAGAGUAAGGGAGGUGAGGCUGAAAAAUCAAAUAAACUUGUUAGAAAAAGCUCCAGUUCAAAUAAUACACCAAAUAGCCAAAAUAGUUAUGACUUGUUUGAGGGUAAUGGACCAAUAACCACUCCACCAAAAGUAACUCGUUCUGGUCGCAAGAUUGUUGCUCCAAAGAAGGAUAUGCCCGAACCGAUGACACCGCCAGGUUGCAGUUCUGGAAAGAAAAAAAAAACCUUGGAAAGUACAAUUGAAAGUCCAAAGAGUAAAGUAUCACCAAGCUUGUUAAGUAAUGUAUCCCAUGGUUAUGAUGUGGAUAAACCUCCAGAAUCAGAGACUAUAUCUCAUGUUGAAAAGUCCCUGCUAAAAGAAACUGUCGUAUCUGAAGAGGAAGUAGAGACAGUGGCAAAGAGGAAUGUCCAGAAAAAAAUAACAGAUAUGUUUAGUAAGGAAAAUAAAGAGCCAGUUCAAGGUAAAGUAUCUCUUCCAGAGAUGGACAAAUUAGAAAAUGACUUGCUUGAAAAGGAAAGUGCUACUAGUGUUGCUGACAGUAUGAAGAAUUAUAGUUCAAUUAAUGAAAGUGACAUGAAUGGCAGGGAGGCAAAUGUUGUUUGUACCUUUAAAGAAAAAAGUAAUUUUAUAAAUUCUGAAGAUAUGGUGCAUAAUGAAAGCAAUACAGGUAACAAGGAAAUAGAAUUGGGUGAAAAAGUACCAGUUGUGUCUCCAGUAUUAGAAGAAAGGAUAAGCACUGGAAAAGGUAAAGAAAUUACAAGAGAAAAGUCUUGGAGUCCUUUAAAAAAUACUCGGCCUCCCCUUAAAAAGAGGUUACCCCCUAACCUAGAUUCAUUGGAAUUAUUGAGCAAUGGUGGUGACAACAACAAUCAGAAGUCAGUUGAAAUAGUAACAUCUGUACCAGAGAGUAUUGACGUAGAGGAAAUUGGUUCUUCUAUUCUGUCUACCACUGAAAAAUCUGAAAAGGUGUUGUCACCAAAGAAGAAGUGGUCACAAGCAGCCAGAGAGUCUGAAAUGGCAUUUUCAAAAAGAGAAGAGUAUGAGAUCUCAUCAGGUGAAGUUGCAGAGGAUAAAGACUCAAAUGCAGUUGAAAGAGAUGUGGCAUCUCAACCAAAUAGUCUGAUAAAAGAGAAUGCUUCAGACCAGAUUAGAAACAAAUUAGUCAAGUUUAAUGAUGAAUCACAUCAACCAAGCAUAGAUAUAAUUUCCUCUCCAAAGAUCUCAGAAAAACCAGUUCAAAUUGAAAGUGAUGAUGACAGUGAUAUGGAAGUUGAUGUUGAAAUGAUCGACCAAGGGCAGCUGGAAAAGAGUACAAAGGCUACCUCUGAAUGUAUGGAGACUGCUGUUGGUGCUCCAGUGUCUGUAGCUGAAGAAGGUGUCAUUGAUAUAUCAAGCUCGAGUUCGGUAUCCCCAGAAAGUAGACACACAUCAGAAAAUUUAGUGGUCCAGAGUAAUGAUGCAGAGGCUGAAAAUGUUAUAGUGUUAAGUAAUGAAAGUAAGGAUAGUUCUGAUGAAAUGCCAAAAAGUAGCAGUAAAUCAAGUGACUCAAGUUCCUUAGAAAAUGCGCAGAGGAUAGAUGAAGAACUCAAAGAAGUUGACCGUAAGAGUAGUAAGAGCCCAAAAAAGGAGAGAAUUUUCAAAAUCAAUGUUGAAGAAAAGCAGUCUGAAGAGGAGAGUUCUCCAGAAAAAUCCUCUGUUUCUAAAUUUACCCACACUAUAGGGACACCGGAACGGCAAAAGAAAUUUGCUUCUAUGAAAUAUGCCGGAAGUAGAGCCGCUAUGUUGGUUGCCUGUGCAAAACAAAAUAUAAAGAAUAGAAGUAAUGAUGGAGAGUCACCGUCGAAGUUGACUGUUGGAGAUGCUCUGAAGAACCGUCUUGGCCAUUCACCUGUUCACAGAGGCAGUGCAAGAAGUGUCUCCCCUUCAGGGACUCCACCUACACCUGGUUGUAAAAAAAGGUCACAUGAAAAUGAGAAUGGGAAACCUUGGGUUAAACAUGAGCCCUCUCCAGGUGCCACACCUUCCCCAAGUAUAUUGAAAAAAUCUGCUGUAGAGGAAAAUUUAGGGAGAGAUACCACAUCCCCUCCCUCCAAACAGAGGAGGGUUAGCUUUGCUGAUCCCCCUGUAUCUGAUCGUGUUGAGAUUCCCCCUUCACCUAAAACCCUGAAAAGCAUGAGAGCACAGAAGAGGCUAGAUAUGACCAAAGCAGAUUCCCCUCCCAAAGCAACACCACCUAGUGACCCAGAAGAGUCUCAGCCAGAUCCUGACUCGCCUAUUGAUGUCAAUUGUAGUCAGCCAUUAUAUCCACCGUUGACAAGCUGCAAAGAUAUGGUGGAUCGUGUAGCUUUAGAGCUCACCUCUCCAUUCUUGUUUGAAGGUUUAAAGAUAGUUUUAGAAGAGCGUGGUAUUCAGACGGUGGGCCAGUUUUGCCAGUUGACUGAAGCUGAUAUUAAACAACUUCCAAUACGUGAGCCCAAAUUACCAUCAGCAUUAAAAGUUCUCCAGAAAUAUAAAGAAACCAGACUUAGGAAUAAAAAAGGGACUGACAUCCUAAUAGAAAAUGUUGAAGCACAGUUAAGUGAGAUAUUUGGUGAAGAUGGAGAAGUCCGAGUUGAUGAUAAUCGUCUGAACAGCACAAAGACUAAUGAAUCAGUAGAAUCAGGGACUCUUCUCCAUUCUGGACUUGAGAAGGAAGAUCUUCAUAUGGAAGAUGGAAUCACGCCUCUAGAGUCCACGGUUGAAAAUGUGAGCUGUGAGACAAUAAACAGAUUCUGCAAGCAUUUGUCAGAAAACCCACAACUCCUUGAUGUUCUGGUAGAGAAUCUAGAUGAAAAAUCCAGACAGAAACUACUGCAGAAAAUAUUGGUGGAGUUACCAUAUGGUGCUGUAUUAGAUACAUACUUCAAAUAUCUUCGUAAAAGGGACCCUUCUAGCAGCAGUCAGUGAAUUUUUUCUUAGGUGUCAGGUUUUUUACUCCUUGAAACAAGAUCUGAUUGAGGAACAAAUGGAGGAUUUGGUUUCAUUACUAUAGUUUACAUUUCUUGCUCAACUUAGCCUUGAAUGUAGCAUUUGUCAUGAGCAGUGUAUAAUGUUAGUACAAAGCUUUAAUGCCAGAAAUUAUUCUGCUGUAAAUAUCCUACAACUUUUGUAAAAGUACUACUAAUACUUUGGUACACUUGGAAAAAAAUUAUGGCAAAUUGAGCAUGUCUAGAAAGGUCCCAUUAUUUGUAAAUUUUCAUCACAGCAGUCUGUUGCAAAUGGUAGGUUUCCAUGUUUAAUCUUUUCUAUAAAUAAGAAAAUGGAAACCUAUACCAUCUUGUUGCGAUGAUGUUUCUAUUGUACAUAUUCCGUAAUUUUAUUGUACUGGUGUGGACAGAAUAAUUUUGAAAAAAGUUUGGUAACACACAAGAGCGUGUGUUUUACAUAGAAUUGAAAUUACAAUUUACAAGACGAAUUAGAUAUUUCGUUUAUCCAAUUUUUAUCUCCAAACCAGUAUAAUACCUGUUGAAUUAGAUUUAUAUGAGGUCUCAAAUAAAGAUUUUAUGAUAA